AGGAGCUGGAGCUGGAUGAGCUGUCCCUUCCAGCCUGAGCUAUUCCGUGAUUCCACGGUUUUGUGUUUGGCUUUGCAGCCUCGCAAGAUUGAGGAGAUCAAGGAUUUCCUGCUGACGGCGCGGAGGAAGGAUGCCAAGUCUGUCAAGAUCAAGAAGAACAAGGACAAUGUGAAGUUCAAGGUGCGCUGCAGCCGGUACCUCUACACCCUGGUCAUCACCGACAAGGAGAAGGCUGAGAAGCUGAAGCAGUCCCUGCCCCCAGGUCUGGCCGUGAAGGAGCUGAAGUGAGCCGGGAUCAGCUGGGUACCUGUUGGAUUCUCUGUGUUUGUUAAAAUAAAUAAAAAACUGUUGGAAAUGUCA